ACCACCCACACAUCAGGUAUGUACCCCACAUACAAGAACCAGCGGGUGCCGCCGUGGGCGAUCGGCGUGGGAGUGCUCGUGCUCAUCGCGCUGGGCAGUGCCGUCUUGUCCUGGACGAGGAGCGACGCGCCGAUAGCAGCAGCCAUGACCGUGCUCCACAUUGUCGCCUUCAAGGUCGCCGACACGGCCGACCUCCCCGCCAUCACGCGCGACAUGCUCGCGCUCAAGGACGCCUGUGUGCGCGACGACGGGCGCAGGUACAUUGUUGAUAUCCGCGGCGGCAAGCAGAGCAACAAGGAGGGGCAUGACGGGGGUGUGCAGGUGGUUUUCUUGGUCGAGUUUAACAACCAGGAAGACUGCGACUACUACAUCGACCACGACCCCGCGCACGACGCGUUCAAGACAUUCCUCGGCAAGACGUCGCUGUCGGGCGUCACGGUCCUCGACUUCACCCCGGGCCAGUUCUAGAUAGCGCCAUGAAGUCAUUACAUCGGGUUAUGUGGGGCUACAAUCGGCAGAGAAGAAUGGGCCGAGGGAGAAUAGGUUACGGCUAUGGUGGCGGUCGCGGCAGCAGCAUAUCGUGUGUUGGGCGCCGGCUAUGGUGUGUCGUCCAGUCCGGGCCAGCAAGGGAGGGGCACCUCACUUCUUGCGACUGAAGAAGCCCUUCUUGGGCUCGGCGGGUGGUGCGGCGGCGAGCACAGCAGCGGCAGUCGGGGCGGUAAUGGGCGCUGGCGCGGGGGCAGCAGCGGCAGGAGCAGCGGCGGGGGCCACUGGCGGCGCAGCAGCCCGCUUG